AUGCGUCGAGGCUGGAAUGGCGCUGUUGCAUUGGUCCUGUCGCACCACGACUUCGAGCACUCCUUCUUGCCAGUUUUCCAGGAGCACAAUGCCUCCUUGUUCAGCAAGCUCACGGAUGUACACUUCGCAACCAUUGGUGGCGCAGUCAGCAAGCACUUCCCGACAGCUUCUGCUGAGCUCCGAGGCAUCGCCAGGCAGCUUGCCGCUGCUGGGCAUCCUGUGACUUACGAGUACCUUGCAGCUUGGCUGUACUUCCACGAGCUUGCGCACACCGACGUGGCCACGGUGGACAAGCGCGAGUGCACUGGCAUUGUUGCCCAGGCGGCGGACGGCUCUCUGUUCCAUGCCGCCAACAUGGACCAGAGCCCAUUAGCCGCGCGCAACCUUACUCUGCGCAUCCGCGUCCGCGAUGCUGCCGGCGACGUCGUCUUUGAAGGAGUCGAUUGGUACACGCUGCUCUCUACUGGAGUUAGCCGCGCCGUGAAGAAGGGCCUUGCGUCCGUGCAGGAGAACUGGCGCACCACCACGAAGAGGACCCUGAAGGAGGUGCUGAGGGACAUCGAGAACGGAGUCAUCUCCCAAAUGCUGGUGUUCCGUCGUGCAUUUGAGGGGGCUCACCGUGACGAGCUGGCAGGUCGGGCCUGGAACUUCCAGGAUUUCGUGGCGAAUGUCACAAAGACUCCACUCGCUGCCCCGUUCUACAUCGUGGCUGCGGGUGCUAAACCGGGAGAAGGUGUGGCCGUAGCUCGAAACCUUACUGGGGCAGAUGGUGCCGACUGGCUGUACGGCCAGGAGGACGAUUUCUUUCUAUGCCAGUGCAACACCGACAGGUGGCUUCCGGAUGAUCCGCAAGAUCCGAGACGGACAGCUGCAGAGGCGCUCCUGCGGCAGAUGGGUCGAGAGGAAGCCUCCAUGUUGGGUCUCUUUGCUGUCUCUUCUGCCUACCCGGUUCACAACCCGCACACCGCAUACACUGCGAUGAUGUCGGCGAGCACAGGCGAGUUCCACGCUUACGUCCGGGAGGCAAGCUGUCCGCUCGAUCCCUAUGCCAGCGCCGUUGUGGACAGGCGUUACUGCCUGAACAAGAACUCGCAGCCGGGGAUUCUGCUCCAGUGA